AGGCAGCAGUCGGAUUCUUUAUUCAAGAACAAACAGUGAACUGGUUGGGGACUGGGCGCUUGACCCACUUCCACCCGGAAGCCAAAGAGAAGAAUUUCGGCACUAAAGUGAAACCCAACCAGAGCCCGCACUUCUUUGAAUUCUAUCCCGACUUUUUCACUUUCCCUCGUAAAGAGCGCGUGACGAACCGAAAAAUGUGCGGAAAUAUUGGCUUCAUUGUGCUCGUCGCCGUGUUGGGCGCCACUUUUGGCCAGGAGCAGCCCUACUACCUGCAACAAUGCCCCCGGGACGAGGCCCAGAUCAACGACUGCCUUCGGGAUAGUGGCAACAAGCUGGUGAGCUACCUGCAGAAGGGAGUUCCGGAGCUGGACAUCCAUGAGAUCGAGCCCGUGAUGAUUGAUGAAAUCGGCAUUGUUCUGGGCAGUGGUCCAGAUGGCUACCGCGCACUUUUCCGGAACAUUCAGGCCUACGGUGUGAGCAACAUUACGGUGACCAACAUCCGCUCCGACUUGGACUCGCUGCAGUUCCAGCUGACGUGCGAAAUACCCCGCAUUCGCGUCAAGGCGCAGUACCGGUCCACAGGUGUUCUGAUCUUGGUGAAGGCCUCCGGAGCCGGCGACUACUGGGGGGAGUACGAGGGAGUGAAGGCCAAGAUCUACUUCAAGGCGGUGGCCAAUGAGGGUCCCGACGGCCGCACCUACCUGACGACGGACUCCGUGAAGAUGGACUUCAACGUGAAGGAGAUCCAAAUGGGCGUGGACAACAUCGCCAAUGGCAACUCGGUGAUACAGGCUGCUCUCAACCUGUUCAUCAACUCCAACUCCCAGGAGCUGCUCAAGGAAAUGAAGCCGGCGCUCAGGACCAAACUUACUCUGGUCAUCCGCAACUUCAUGGAUCGCAUUUUCGCGAAGAUCCCACUGGACGAGUGGAUCAACCUAAAUUAGAAUGUAGUUUCCCUAGUCUAAGUCCUAAUUUAUUGCACACAAUUCCGCGAAAUAUAACAAGUAAAGAUGA